AUGACGUUCAAGGUACGAUUAAAACCUUCAGAUGAUGAACUCUCUAAUUUUGUGGCAACUGCUGGUGAAACAUUGGAAAAACACUACCCUCAUGUUUAUUCGGAUGUUAGUCGGAAAAUGGCAACGACUAUGAGUUCACCUGAGGUGGUGAAAUCAGCUAUAACUACAAUAUUAGAAGCAAUAUUUCGCUGUGAUAUAAACUGGGGAAAACUAUUAUCAUUAUUAGCAAUAACAAGUUCAUUUGCCUUGGAGUGUGUUUUACAAGGUCAUGCUGAAUAUGUGGACAAUCUAGUAGAGUGUGUAGUGUAUUUUGUAUCCUAUAAUAUCAAUGAAUGGUUACAGGUACAAGGCGGCUGGGUAGGUAUAUUAUUACUUAUAAGCUAG